AUGUCGAAGAACAUUGAGAAUGCCCACAAGGUGGUGCUGCUACCCUCUGGGCAACUGAAGGGAGAUGUGGCAGCACAAGCCUGCCUUAACUCUCUCAUGACCAUCCCCCAAAUUUUUUCAUGCGAUAAGGAAACAGUGCCUCUUGCCAAAGAUGGGCAUGUUCUAAUGGAGCCAGAAGAGGAUGAACAAUGGGUCAACAAGGGGCCAUUACAGCAGGUCAGACAGUGGCUGCUACAGGUUGGUGAGGAGUCCACGAAGACAUGGAACUGGAGAAAGAACAAGGGAGCUCAGAGCAAAGAGGAACGCCGCCCCUCACCACCCCAAUGGCAGAAAGACUUAGGAGUUGCAAGGAACCAGCACAGGAGGGGUCUUCCAAGCUUCUUCCCCUGUGCCAAGGGGGGGGGCCCAGGCAAUCAACUUCAAUACUGGCCCUUCUCGGCCUCAGACUUAUAUAACUGGAAGUAUCAUAACCCUUCCUUCUCACAGGACCCCGUAGCUUUGGCCGCUUUAAUCGAGUCCAUUCUAAUUAUGCAUCAACCCACAUGGGAUAAUUGCCAGCAGCUCUUUCAGACUCUUCUCACUACAGAGGAAAGACAAAAAGUUUUCCUGGAAGCCAGAAAAAAUGUUCUGGGAGACGAUGGAAGACCUACCCAACUCCCGAACGUGAUUGAUGCCGCCUUUCCUUUGAUCCUUCCUGACUGGGAUUUCAACACGGCUGAAGGUAGGACCCACCUAAAUCUUUAUCGCCAGUUACUCAUAGCAGCCCUCCAUAAUGCGGGGCACCGCCCCACCAAUUUGGCUCAGGUAAGACAGGUCACUCAGGGCUCAGAAGAAUCUCCAACUGCUUUCCUAGAAAGACUUAAGGAGGCUUAUCGUAGAUAUACUCCCUUCGAUCCUGACAGUCAUGAACAGAGAGGAAAUGUGUCCAUGGCAUUCAUUUGGCAGUCAGCGCCAGACAUUAGAAAUAAGUUACAGCGACUGGAGAAUUUACAAGAUUUCUCGUUGCAAGAUUUGUUAAAGGAGGCAGAAAAAAAUUAUAAUAAGAGAGAAACUCAGGAAGAAAAGGAAGAAAGGCUAAGAAAGGAGGCUGAAGAAAAGGAAGACAAACGGGAGCGUAAGCGAAAUAAGGAACUUAGCAAGAUCUUGGCCGGCGUAGUGCAAGGCAAUCAAGGGUCAGAAACAGGAAAGCCAGGCAAGGAAGGAGACAAGAGAAAGCCUCGGGUGGAUCUAGACCAAUGUGCCUAUUGCAAAGAAAGAGGACAUUGGGUCAAAGACUGCCCAAAAAGACCCCAUAACCCCAAGGAAAAUAUCAGACAGGUCACAAGAUUAAUGGCCCUAGAAAAGGACUAGGGAUGUUAGGGCCAGGAGCCCCCCGAGCCCAGGAUAACCCUAACUGUUGGGGGGCAACCAAUUACCUUUUUGGUAGAUACCGGGGCACAACAUUCUGUCUUAACCAAAACCCCAGGACCAUUGAGUGACCGGACGGCAUGGGUUCAAGGGGCCACCGGAGGGAAACAAUACCAUUGGACCACAGAAAGGAAAGUACAUUUGGCCUCAGGUAAAGUUUCUCAUUCGUUCCUCCACGUGCCUGAUUGUCCCUACCCACUCCUGUGGAGAGAUCUAUUGACUAAACUAAAAGCCCAGAUCCAUUUUGCACCAAGGGGACCCACAGUGACCGGCCCCAACGGGACUCCUUUGCACAUACUUACCUUACAAUUAGAAGAAGAAUAUAUACUGCAUGAAAAAGCCCCCCAACCUAAGGGGGGCAUAAAAUCCUGGCUCUCAUCCUACCCAAAUGCCUGGGCGGAAACAGGAGGAAUGGGAUUAGCUAUCCAGCAGCCCCCCACUCAUAUACAAUUGAAGGCAACAGCCAUACCUGUCAAUGUUAGACAAUAUCCUAUGUCUAACGAGGCUUAUCAAGGCAUUAGACCGCACAUACAGCGGCUAUUAGACCAGGGCAUUUUGGCCCCAUGUCGGUCUCCCUGGAAUACUCCUCUAUUACCUGUCAAGAAACCUGGUACAAAUGACUACCUGCUGGUCCAGGACCUAAGAGAGGUCAAUAAACGAGUAGAAGACAUCCACCCUACCGUGCCUAACCCUUAUAACCUACUUAGCACCUUGCCUCCGACCCACUCCUGGUAUACCGUCCUAGAUCUAAAAGACGCUUUCUUCUGUUUGAGAUUAAGUCCCCAGAGUCAACCCAUUUUUGCAAUUGAGUGGAAGGACCCAGAAUUGGGAAUCUCAGGUCAGUUAACCUGGACAAGGCUGCCACAAGGAUUUAAGAACAGCCCCACGUUAUUCGAUGGGGCCCUUCACCAGGACCUGGCUGAUUUCCGGGUAAGGCAUCCCUCCCUGAUCUUACUCCAAUAUGUCGAUGACAUCUUACUGGCAGCAACAAAUGAGGAGGACUGUCAAACAGGUACUGUGGACCUCCUACGAACCCUUGGCCAAAUGGGAUAUAGGGCAUCCGCAAAGAAGGCCCAGAUUUGCCAGACUAAGGUCACCUACCUGGGUUAUGAAUUGCAUAACAGCCAGCGAUGGUUAACGGCCACAAAGAAAGAGACUAUAUCCAGCAUUCCAACGCCCCAAACCCACAGGCAAUUGCGGGAAUUCCUAGGGACGGCGGGAUUCUGUAGACUAUGGAUCCCUGGGUUUGCAGAAAUAGCGGCUCCCCUGUACCCCUUGACCAAGCAGAAUGCCCCUUUCGUCUGGACAGAACAACAACAGCAGGCAUUCGAUCAUAUUAAACAAGCGCUCCUCAAGUCCCCAGCGUUAGGCCUGCUGGACAUAACUAAACCCUUUGACCUGUUUGUCGAUGAAAAGCAAGGGUUUGCUAAGGGGGUUCUAACUCAAAGACUAGGGCCUUGGAGACGCCCUAUCGCCUCCCUCUCUAAGAAGUUAGACCCCGUGGCAGCAGGAUGGCCACCAUGCAUAAAAAUGAUAGCAGCCAUAGCGGUCCUAAUGAAGGAUGCAACCAAAUUGACUUUGGGACAGUCUUUAACAAUCCUGGCUCCACACACAGUGGAAUCUUUAAUUCGCCAACCCCCAGACGGCUGGCUAUCUAAUGCUCCUUACUAUCAGUCCCUCCUCCUGGACACAGACAGAAUCCAGUUUGGACCUGUGGUGACUCUCAACCCCGCAACUCUCCUACCCACCCCUGGGGAAGCCCCCUUGCAUGAUUGCCACCAGAUCCUUGUGGAAACGCAUGGGACAUGACCUGACCUAACUGACCAGCCCAUGAAGGAUGCGGACCUGACCUGGUACAUGGAUGGCAGUAGCUACCUGCAGGAUGGAGAACGACGGGCAGGAGCCGCCAUCACGACCGACUCUCAAAUUGUGUGGGCAAGUGCACUACCAGGAGGCACUUCAGCACAACGGGCAGAGCUAAUCGCCUUAACCCAGGCCUUCCAACUGGCAGAAGGUAAGAUACUUAAUGUUUACACAGAUAGCAGAUACGCCUUUGCCACCGCCCAUAUUCAUGGGGAAAUUUAUCGGAGGAGAGGACUACUGACCUCCGACAGAAAAGAAGUUAAAAAUAAAACUGAAAUAUUGGCCCUACUAAAGGCCUUAUUUCUUCCCAAAAAGCUGAGCAUAAUGCACUGCCCAGGCCAUCAAAAAGGAAAUAGCCCAGAGGCCAAAGGAAAUCGCUUGGCCGACGAAGCAGCCCGACGGGCAGCUUUAGGGCCUCAACUAUUGACUGUUACCAUCCUCACUGAGACAGAGGAAACCAAUGACGCCCCCCGAUGGGAAUAUCAAGGAAAAGCCAUAAUGCCCAUUAAAAUGGCAAAGGAACUAAUAAAUCACCUCCAUCGGCUGACUCACCUAAGUGCAAACAAAAUGAAAUCUUUAAUGGAUAGGGCCAAUUUAGAAAACUAUUUCCCCAAAUGAAACUUCCUCCUUCGACAAGCGACCGCAAAUUGCACAGCGUGUGCCCAAGUCAAUCCUGGAAAAACUUGUAUCGGACCAGGAGUCCGAGUACGCGGUCACCGCCCUGGCACACAUUGGGAAAUUGACUUUACCGAGAUCAAACCCGGCAUGUAUGGAUAUAGAUAUCUCUUAGUUUUUCUAGGCACAUUUUCAGGAUGGGCAGAGACCUUCCCCACCAAGAAGGAGACUGCCAACAUAGUUGCUAAGAAGUUAUUGGAGGAGAUUUUCACAAGGUAUGGAAUGCCUGAGGUACUGGGGUCAGACAAUGGGCCUGCCUUUGUCUCCCAGGUAAGUCAGUCGGUGGCCAAGCUUUUGGGGAUCGAUUGGAAAUUACAUUGUGCUUACAGACCCCAAAGUUCAGGACAAGUAGAGAGAAUGAAUAGAACCAUCAAGGAGGCUCUAUCUAAAUUACUGCUUGAAACUGGCUCUAAAGAUUGGGUCCAGCUCCUGCCUCUAGCACUCUAUAGGGCCAGAAACACUCCUGGCCCUCACGGUCUGACACCUUUCGAAAUCCUCUAUGGUGCUCCCCCUCCAGCUGUCACGUUCUUUGAGGCAGAUAUCUCUACUCACUCCCCUUCCCCCUCCAUACAGGCCCAUCUGCGAGCUUUGCAGCUGGUGCAACAAGAAGUCUGGAAAUCCCUGGCAGCAGCCUACCAGGAAGAACUUAACAUCCCGUCGCGACCCCAUCCCUACAAAAUCGGGGAUACUGUCUGGUUCCACAGGCAUCAAGCCACGAACCUUGAACCCCGCUGGAAAGGACCUCCUACGGUGCUCCUAACAACGCCCACGGCGCUAAAAGUUGACGGGAUUGCAGCCUGGAUCCACGCCUCCCAUGUGAAGGCAGCACACCUGGACGGACAGACCGAACAUCAUCAGAACUCGGAAUGGACCGUCCAACGCUCCCCAAACCCACUAAAGAUAAGACUCGUUCGCCAUUAGUUCUAUUCUUUUGCUUAUUCUCUCUCCUUUCCCCUAUCAAAGGUACCAGUCCACAUCUCUCCAAGCAAUUAACCUGGCAGGUUCUCUCCCAAACGAGGAGAGUUAUCGGGUCCAGUACGGCCCAGCACACCCCUAAUACAUGGUGGCCUACCCUGUAUCUGGAUCUCUGUAAACUGGCUAUGGGGUCUUGGGACAUACGUCAACACGAUGAUCCCCAAAAUCCACUGACAUCCUCUACAAGUAGUGGAAUGUCGCCCCCUAACGGGGGAUGUGGAAACGGACCACGACGCUACAAACUUAGUGCACUCCCCUUUUAUGUCUGCCCCGCGCCAAGAAGUAAUACUGCUAGUGGACGGGCCUAUAAAUGUGGAGGCCCUGGUGACUUCUACUGCGCAGCCUGGGGAUGUGAAACUACAGGUAAUGUCUAUUGGAAACCCAUCUCGCAUUGGGAUUUCAUCACUGUAAAAGCCAACUACUCCCAUGAGGUGGGAAAUUUCUGGGACUGAGAAAACGACGGAAAACACUGUAAAAAUGCAUGGUGUCACCCCCUU